AUGCAGCUCACCGGUCUCGUCAUCCUCUUCGCAGCUGUGCCGGCUCUUGCCCAGAGCAGCAGUGGUGUAUCUGGUGCUAUAUCUGGUGUCUCCUCCGUCGUUGCCUCCGCCACCAACAGCGUCGCCUCCGCCUCGGGAUCCGGGGCCGCAUCUUCUGCCGCAAGCUCUAUUGCGUCCGUUUCCUCUGCUGCCGUUAGCUCUGCGGCAGCUGCCUCAUCCUCUGCUGCGUCCGCACAAGCGUCCGUUGCCAGCAGCGCCAGCUCCGUGGAAUCUGCCCUCUCAUCCAGCCUCUCCAGCCUUAGCUCUGCAGCCGCCAACAAUGCCACCGGGGCUUCUUCAUCCUACGCCUCAUUGACCUCCGCCGCAAGUUCGAUCUUGUCUAGCGUCUCAAGCGAGGUUGGUAGCGUUGCCAGCAGUGCCACAAGCAAAGCUGGGGGGGCUGCUUCUUCUGCAUCUUCCGCUGUCAGCUCAGCAGCAAGCGGUGCCACUGGAAAUGUGGCUGCUGCUCUACCUACUGGCUUGACCGGCGCUGCUGGUGCUGCCUUGUUGGGCCUCGCGGCUUUAUUGUAA